GACGCGUUUUUAUAGGGAGGAGGUUUCAUUUGGAGACAGGGGGAGGGAAACACCAUGAAGCUGUUGUGUAUUUCUGACAUGAACGACGACACACCGCGAUAUCUCAGUCCUACAUCUGUUUCUUUAACAUUUUGUUGUUUUCUUUAAGUAAAUGUAAUAUGGGAAAUACAUUUUUUCGUACAGAAGAUUUUUGUUAUUUUUUCGUUAUGCGCUCAGGAUCCUAACUGUUUUGCCGGUUCAUAUAUACAAGACAAGCAUUUUAUAUCGGAAAAAUUUAAAUAUAUUUUACACACGAUGACAAACGCGAAGACUUGGCUGCUGCUUCUGUUAUAUGCGCUCGUCUCCAUGGUGAAAGCGGAUUGUCCAUCGCCUGUUCUGAACACCACCUAUCUCUUGUCUGACAAGUCCUUACUGCAGAACAGCUUCCCAGAUCAUUCUAAAGCUUUCCUGCAAUGUGCCAAUGGAUACAUUUUUGAGUCAGGGUCGACUUCAAUCCUCUGCACGGAUGGGAACUGGAGUGAAGUGGAAUUAAAAUGCAAAAAAAAAGACUGUGGAGUACCCAAUGCUUCAGCUAAUAUGACUUACAUUAUUUCGAAGGGAACGUUGUUUGGCGAAUAUGCACAACCCAAAUGUGAUAAGGGAUAUCGCCUACAAGGAUCAAGCUACAGGCAAUGUCUUGUACACGGCUGGACCGGAAGGGCAAAAUGUAUACUGAUCACUUGCGACCAGCCUGCUGAUAUUGAACAUGGAAAGAUACUCACAAAAGUGAAUCCGAUUUUCGUGGACCAAGUCAUUGAAUUUUCGUGUGAUGCUGGCUACGUCCUUGUUGGAGAAAAAAACAUUACAUGUGAUGAAUAUGGGGAAUACAGUUCACCACCACCAACAUGUGAAGGUAAGAAAAACAUCGAUGUACACACAAGAGCAAGCAUUACUAGCAUACCCGCAACCACAACAAUUUCGUAUGGAAGUAGAGAGGAAGAGUUUACUGCUUAUCCAAACAUCGAUGUACACACAAGAGCAAGCAUUACUAGCAUACCCGCAACCACAACAAUUUCGUAUGGAAGUAGAGAGGAAGAGUUUACUGCUUAUCCAAGUAGGGUCAUUGCUGUGGUUGUCCUCAUUGUGUUAGCUGUCAGUUUUAUCUGCUGCGUAAUUUUUUUAUUGGUACGUCAUAAAAAUAAACAUAAAGGUUCAUACAAUACCGGUGAAGAACGCAGGACAAAAGAAGGAUUAUUACUUAGUCAAAGUAAACUCAAGGUUUGUCCACUAUAGGGCAAACAAUCGGACUGGCCCCCUGAGUUAAGAUGCAUCUGUUUCUACAAGUGUAUACAUAUGAUGUGCACAGUGUUAACUCUUUAAAGCUGCAGAUAUUUAAACCUUCAUGUAGUUGUCUAUUAUUUAUUUAAAAUAUUGUACUUUCUAUAUGUUGUACACUGUAAAAUUUUCUGACUUUAAGUAAAACAUUUUGUAAAAAAAAGUUUAAAUUGUUUAAUUAUUUUAGGUGUUACCAAGUGAAGUCAUUUUUAAUUUUUCCCUUAAAGUGAGAAAAUUUAAGUUUAUAAGUUUUUUUUAAACACAGACUAUAUUUUUAU